GCGCCCUACGAAAUUUAUUGAACCAGCGGGAAAAUACAAACGAAAGGCACCUUUUUAGUACAACAGUUGACGGUUUCGUUGCUGGUUUAGUUUUUAUAUUUCAUUGAAUAUUUCUUAGUAAAAUAUUGUUAAGUAAAAUUAAAACAUAUAUUUCAAAACUGUGUGUUUGUAACGAAACAAACAAAGUGCAAAUUAAAGCAGAAGAAAUGAGCUUAACUAAAAUCUACCUACGUUAUUACCCACCAGGUUUGGCGCUCAACUGUCGCAACGCCGAUGGCAAGGAAACGCUGCAUCACAUAGAUUUGCUCAACUUAAAAGCGAACACACGCGUGGAGAGUGUGAUCAAAACCAUUACAAACGAUUUACAAAACUCUCAGGCAGGAAGUGAAAGUAUUUACAGCCCUGCAGCACCAGCUUUCGCGGCUGGCGUCGGUGAUAAACAACCAAAACAGAUAUUGAGCUCACCACCAGCUGACGAGAAAAACACAACAACUGAAACGCACUUUCUACAACAAAUUAUCGAGAACUACACGGAUCCGCUGCGGCAGGCCAUUGCGAAAUUGCAACGCAAACUGUUGGAGCCCACACAGAAGAAAUUCUAUUCGCAACGACGUGUGGCGCACCUGUUGCCACUGACCAACAUCUGUUUCGAUAGAAGCGGUACGCGCUGCUUGACCGGCAGUUACGACCGCAUUUGUCGCAUUAUCAAUACGCACGACGCCGUGGAGGAGCAACUACUGAAGGGACACGAUAAUGUUGUCUUCUCCGUUGCCUUUAAUCAGCCAAAAUGCGACAAGGUGGUCACCGGUUCGUUCGAUGGCACGGCGCGUGUGUGGCAAGCUUCGAAUGGCCAAUCGCUGUGCACGCUGUACGGUCACACAGCCGAACUGGUGAUGGCCGAAUUCGAUCCCAUACAAUCGAGUGUCAUUGCCACCGCUUCCAUGGAUGGUAGCGCGCGCUUAUUUGACAUCGAGACGGCCUUUGAGCUACAGCAGUUGCGUCAACACGGCGCCGAGGUGAUUGUGAGUCGCUUCAGUCGCUGUGGCAAUAUGUUGGUCACCGCAUCCUUUGACAGCACCGCUGCCAUUUGGGACAUACGUAGCGGCUGCCUCAGCGCACAAUUGCGCGGUCACACUGCUGAACUAAGUAACUGUGUGUGGAAUUUCUCCUGUGAUCGCAUUGCCACGGCUUCGCUAGACAGCACCGCCCAACUAUGGGAUGUACGUCGCCUGAAUGUGCCGUUACACAAGAUAACGGGGCAUCGCGAGGAGGUGCUGGACGUUUGUUUCGACUCGACCGGUUCUCGGUUGGCCACAUGUAGCAGCGACUGUACGGCACGCGUGUGGGACGUACGUGGCGAUUUAGUGCAGCUCUCCGUUAUGGAGGGUCAUAAAGAUGAGGUGUCAAAGGUUUGCUUUAGUCCACCAGGUUCACUACUCAUGACGGCUUCUGCCGAUAACACGGCGCGCCUAUGGUUUACAGAGUCCGGUCAGUGUUCACAGGUUUUAAGCGGCCACGAUUCGGAAGUAUUCUCGUGCGCAUUUAGCUAUGCAGGCGACAUUAUAGUCACGGCUUCGAAAGACAACACUUGUCGCUUGUGGAGAUGAUACGACUGGUAUACGGUGGCUUUUAAUGACUUGGAUUGAAGUGAUGUGGCUUAUAAUUACUAGAAAGUCAGUGUUAUUCUAUGCCUUCGUUGUUUUUAAGUUUAUUUGUUGUUUAGGAAAUGAUGUUAACAUUUAUUACACAAUUCCUAGCAUUAUGCAACAUGAAAUAAAUAUAAAGGUGGAGCUUUGUAUGACGUCUGAACUCGUCAUUACAUAAGAGAUGAAAAAAACAGUAAUCUGGAUUCUUGGUUUCAUUAAAAAUAAAUUCUUAAUAGUUGUAUCCAUUAACGAUUUUGAUCGGGCCUUAAAGAUUUUUGAUGCCAAUCCCUCAUGAUGUAUACUUAUAUUCAGUUGAAGGACCUUCUGUAGCCAGAAUAGCCAUUAUCUUUUGAUUCCCCCGCACUAAGUUGACGUCGAUAUAUAGUAUAUAAUUUUUUAUGGAAGAU